GCCCCGCCCAUCCCGGCCCAGGCCGCGACGGGAUGGAGGGCGGCGGUGGGGCUGAUGGGCUGCCCGGCGCAGGGCCGGAACCGGGACCGGAGUCAGAGCCGGAGCCGGGACUGGGGCCAGAGUCGGAGCCACAGCCGCGCAUUGCGCUGCCGCCACUGGGAUUGGGCGCACCCCUCGGUUACCUGCAUGUCCUGUGGCAGCGGGAGGAACCCGCGGGCAAGAUCCCGGCGCGCCGCCUGCGCAGGGCCGCCCGCCUCCACCGCCGGCUGGGGCCGACGGGCAAGGAGGCCCACGCUGUGAAAAGGCUGCGUGAAGCUGCCAAUAGCAAUGAUCUGGACACAGUGCAGCAGCUCUUGGAGGAUGGAACUGACCCCUGUGCUGCGGACGACAAAGGCCGGACAGCCCUGCACUUUGCUUCCUGCAAUGGCAACGAUCGCAUUGUCCAACUGCUUCUGGAUCAUGGGGCUGACCCAAACCAAAGAGAUGGGCUGGGCAAUACUCCCUUACACUUGGCUGCCUGCACGAACCACGUUCCUGUCAUCACCACGCUGCUGCGCGGAGGGGCCAGAGUUGAUGCCUUGGAUCGAGCUGGCAGAACCCCACUGCACCUCGCUAAAUCAAAGCUGAAUAUCCUGCAGGAAGGAUUCUCCCACAGCCUGGAGGCUGUACGCCUUGAAGUGAAACAGAUUAUCCAGAUGUUGCGGGAAUACCUGGACCGUCUGGGGAGGCAUGAGCAAAAGGAACAACUGGAUGACCUCUGCUCCAGGCUACAGAUGACUAGCACAAAGGAGCAGGUGGAUGAGGUUACAGACCUCCUGGCCAGCUUCACAUCACUCAGCCUGCAGAUGCAGAAGAUGGACAACAGGUAAUGAGCUGCCAAAUCAUCAUGCUAAAGAAGCAGGAGAAGCCUUAGAGAGAAGAAAAGGAAGCUGAAGUUUGCUUCCCAGAUCACUGACUAAGCAUUGCUGCCAGCGGCCAUUCCUGCCAGACUGAUUCUCCAGUGGUGUUCAGACUGUUUCUGUUGGUGCUGCCACAGCUGCCCCAUGGGGAGGCAGCAGGCUUUGCACAGCAAAGGCAACAGACAAGAAUGCUGCAGCUGUGACUUUAGGGUAAAAGAGCUGCUUCACCUUUUACCAGAUGGGCUGAUGAUGAAUAGGGUACCCUUUCCAGAGAUAUCUUGCCUUCUGAGUACAUCAGCUCGAUGUAGGCAGUGACCAAUGCCAUGUGCAGUUACCAGCCCUGACUAGUGCACUCAGCAACUGGCCAGCAUCAUGGAAAUGCUUGGAACAGGCACCUUUUGCCGCCUUCAUACUGCUCAAUUGCAUGAGGGAGGAAGUUAAUGCAUUGAACAGCAGAAGGCUUUGUGCUAUGAGAAGAACACACAUUUAAUUCUGCAUUUAAUUUUUGCACGCUAGAAGCCGAGCAAACAUUCUGCCUUAAGAAACAUGCAUUGAUGAGGCUUAAUCCUCACCUUCCCCAGAGCCUGCUGUCAGAGGGCAGAGAAUGUGUCUGGUUACAAGUGGGAUACAAAGUUUUACAUGGCUAAACUAACACUUUUCACUGGACCCAUUUUUUAAGUCUGCUGCAAGUUAGUUCUUAAAUAUGAACAGUAACACUUGAAAAAAUACCCAGGUACACAGCUAGCAGGUCAGAGCUGCCCUGAUGCGAGAAUAAGGAUUGGAGGGUGACAGUCUUAACACAGUUCUAGUCAGACAUCUACAUCUUGCAAAAAAAACCCCACCCUAACUAACUUCGUGUUUCCUGUUACUGGCAGUCUCAGGCAAGAAGUCCAGGAGGUGUGACAGGAGGUGUUGUACAUUCAGCUGUAUUAUUGGGCUAGGAUGGAGAUGGCUUUACUUCUGCCGCAGCAGCACCAAACCCAUUACUCAGCCAUUCCGUGUCUCUUGCUUGUCACGGAGAACCUCAAGUGCAGCGUGAGAAAUGAAUUAUGGCUUAUGCUGGGAGCCUGAAGUGAUGCAGCUAUGAAGGAUGCACGGAAAUGCUCUUGCUGCUCUCUCAGUUCUGCCUACGUGGUUAUUAGCAAAGAUUUAGGUUGCUUUGUUGUGGAGCAGGGAUCCAGAAAAUCUCGUUGAUAGGGCAACAGCAGGGUGACAGGAACAUGCCAAUAGUAUCUAAAUUCCCACCUGUGUACCACACCUGGUGUGCUGGUAGCCAUACCUAACCCACAGCUUGGGAGUCACUGGUUUGAAAAAGUUCAUUAUUAGGAUUCAGCUUAAGUAUGCAGCAGCCACAGUUUGGAGCAUUCUUCAGAGAUCUUUAGGUCAGAGUGCUCUCUGAUAUCUGCCUCUUGUCCAGGAAGAGGCUAAGUGGACCUCUGUUCAAAGCUGAGAUACUUGAAACAGGCAUGGCUUUUAGAUGCGUUUGUCUGGGGGCCACUGGAGGACACAGCUCAGACCAGCAGUCUCGUGGCUGGGCUGGAGCUGUCACUGUGCAUACUGAUACUUCAUUAUGAUGUGCUGGAUAGGAGAGGGUGAGAGACAAUCUGACCUUUUUGUAUUUUCAACUUCAAUAAAAUCCUGUCAGCCUUUUAUGA